AUGGUUUUCUUCAUUGAGCUGCUUGAGGACACAGAGCUGUAUAAAGUUGAAGAAGACUCAGAAUGCAACAGAAGCACCCCUGUGCAUGAGAUCGACACAUUAAAGGACAACCUAACAAAUGAAGGGAGCAACACUGCCCUGCAGACAACAGUAGACAAUGGCAAAAUUGAGCGACAGCAGGAUGAUGGGGAUGGAACCUCUCACAUGGAAUUGAGCCUGGGCUCACAACAGCAAAAUGGACAGAAUCAGCAGCAGUCCAAGCCAAAGCAGAAGCGUACGGGCUCUGAAUCUAAGUCAGGCAAGCCCUGUCGGGCACGAACUGCCUUUACUUAUGAGCAACUGGUUGCACUAGAGAACAAAUUCAAGUGUACCCGUUACCCGUCAGUAGGUGACCGCCUCAACCUGGCUGUGUCAUUGAGUCUCACUGAGACUCAGGUAAAAAUCUGGUUUCAGAACCGUCGUUAUAAAUGGAAAAAGCAGAACCCUGGUGCACACAAAAAUGUUGCUACAGGUGGCGGUGGCUGCGGACACUUGGGUGUGGUGGAGAGUGCUAUGGGCAGUGACUUGAGUACACUGAGCCCCCCACCACCCAUGGGUGGGCCACUUUCAGUGCAUACCACAUCCUAUCCAAGACACAUACCCAGUGGGCUUGUGUGUACCACAGAGCUGCCUUUUCUGGCCAGUCCUACAUCUGUACUCUCACCCUUUGCACUGGUUGCCCAGACCUAUGAAGCCCCAGCCUUCUAUGCCUCCCAAUUAUAG